UAGGGGCGCCAAGCCCAGUCUAGACGUGCGGGCUGUGUGUCCUGGAGGUUCUGCAGCUGCAGGCAUGGCCUCUCCAGAGGACCCAGCACCCCCGCCCGAGAUACCAGAGCAGAACUGCUGGUACCGUGAGGUCCAGUACUGGGACCAGCGCUACCGGAAUGCGGCUGACUCUGCCCCUUACGAGUGGUUCGGGGACUUCUCCUCCUUCCGUGCACUCCUAGAGCCGGAGCUGCGGCCCGAAGACCGUAUCCUCGUGCUAGGCUGUGGGAACAGUGCCCUGAGCUAUGAGCUGUUUCUUGGAGGCUUCUCUGAUGUGACCAGUGUGGACUACUCAUCAGUGGUGGUGGCUGCUAUGCGGGCUCGCUAUGCCCAUUUGCCCAACCUGCGCUGGGAGACCAUGGAUGUGCGGGCCUUGGACUUCCCCAGUGGCUCCUUCGAUGUGGUGCUUGAGAAGGGCACACUGGAUGCCCUGUUAGCUGGAGAACGAGAUCCCUGGACUGUGUCUUCUGAAGGUGUCCACACUGUGGACCAGGUGCUGAGUGAGAUGGUGGAGUACAAACGGACCACGCUGCGGGAGGAAGACGCACCUGAGACCCCCGUAGAGGGCGGGGCCUCCCCGGACGCUGUGGAGGUGGGAUUCCAGAAGAGGACAAGAGACCUCUUGGGCUCUCACACCCAACUGGAGCUGGUCUUAGCAGCUGUCUCUCUACUGCUGGGUGCACUGCUUCUGGGCUGCUUCGUGGCCCUGGGGGUCCAGUACCACAGAGACCCAUCCCACAGCACCUGCCUCACAGAGGCUUGCAUUCGAGUGGCUGGAAAAAUCCUGGAGUCUCUGGACCGUAGUGUGAGUCCCUGUGAGGACUUUUACCAGUUUUCCUGUGGAGGCUGGAUUCAGAGAAAUCCCCUGCCCGAUGGGCGUUCUCGCUGGAACACCUUCAACAGCCUCUGGGACCAGAACCAGGCCAUACUGAAACACCUGCUUGAAAACACCACCUUCAACUCAAGCAGCGAAGCGGAGCGGAAGACACAGCGCUUCUACCUAUCCUGUCUGCAGGUGGAGCGCAUUGAGGAGCUGGGAGCCCAGCCGCUGCGAGACCUCAUUGACAAGAUUGGUGGUUGGAACAUCACGGGGUCCUGGGAGCAGGAUAACUUCAUGGAAGUGCUGAAGGCAGUAGCAGGGACCUACAGAGCCACCCCCUUCUUCACUGUCUAUGUCAGUGCCGACUCCAAGAGUUCUAACAGCAAUGUUAUCCAGGUGGACCAGUCUGGGCUCUUUCUCCCCUCUCGAGAUUACUACCUAAACAGGACCGCCAAUGAGAAAGUGCUUACUGCCUACCUGGACUACAUGGAGGAGCUGGGGAUGCUGCUGGGUGGACGGCCAGCCUCUACACGGGAGCAGAUGCGACAGGUGCUGGAGCUGGAGAUUCAACUGGCCAACAUCACAGUACCCCAGGACCAGCGGCGGGAUGAGGAGAAGAUCUAUCAUAAGAUGAGCAUUGCGGAGCUGCAGGCCCUGGCACCCUCCAUGGACUGGCUGGAGUUUCUAUCUUUCUUGCUGUCACCGCUGGAGCUGGGUGACUCUGAGCCCGUGGUGGUGUAUGGGAAGGAUUAUUUGCAGCAGGUGUCAGAGCUCAUCAACCACACAGAGCCAAGUGUCCUGAACAAUUACCUGAUUUGGAACCUGGUGCAGAAGACAACCUCAAGCCUGGACCACCGCUUUGAGUCUGCACAAGAGAAGCUGCUGGAGACCCUCUAUGGCACCAAGAAGUCCUGCACGCCAAGGUGGCAGACCUGUAUCUCCAACACGGAUGACGCACUUGGCUUCGCUUUGGGCUCCCUCUUUGUGAAGGCCACGUUUGAUCGGCAAAGCAAGGAAAUUGCUGAGGGGAUGAUCAGCGAGAUCCGGAGUGCCUUCGAGGAGGCCCUGGGGCAGCUGGUUUGGAUGGAUGAGAAAACCCGCCAGGCAGCCAAGGAGAAAGCAGAUGCCAUCUAUGAUAUGAUUGGUUUCCCGGACUUCAUCCUGGAGCCCAAAGAGCUGGAUGAUGUUUAUGACGGGUAUGAAGUCUCUGAAGAUUCCUUUUUCCAGAACAUGUUGAAUUUGUACAAUUUCUCUGCUAAGGUGAUGGCUGACCAGCUCCGCAAGCCUCCCAGCCGGGACCAGUGGAGCAUGACGCCCCAGACGGUGAAUGCCUACUACCUUCCAACCAAGAAUGAGAUCGUCUUCCCCGCUGGCAUCCUGCAGGCCCCCUUCUACACCCGGAACCACCCCAAGGCCCUGAACUUUGGUGGCAUCGGCGUGGUGAUGGGCCAUGAGUUGACACAUGCCUUUGAUGACCAAGGGCGCGAAUAUGACAAGGAAGGGAACCUGCGGCCCUGGUGGCAGAAUGAGUCACUGGCAGCCUUCCGGAACCACACGGCCUGCAUGGAGGAGCAGUACAGCCAGUACCAGGUCAAUGGGGAGAGGCUCAACGGCCGCCAGACGCUGGGGGAGAACAUCGCUGACAACGGGGGACUUAAGGCUGCCUAUAACGCUUACAAAGCGUGGCUGAGAAAGCACGGGGAGGAGCAGCAGUUGCCGGCUGUGGGGCUCACCAAUCACCAGCUCUUCUUUGUGGGAUUUGCCCAGGUGUGGUGCUCAGUCCGCACACCCGAGAGCUCUCACGAGGGGCUGGUGACCGACCCCCACAGCCCUGCCCGCUUCCGCGUGCUGGGUACUCUCUCCAACUCCCGUGACUUCCUGUGGCACUUCGGCUGCCCUGUCGGCUCUCCCAUGAACCCAGGGCAGCUGUGUGAGGUGUGGUAGACGUGGGACUGGGGAGAAUUGGCUGGCUGUUGCCAGGGCCUGGGGCAGCUCGCCGGGCAAGGAUGUUCGCUCCAGGUUUAGAGAGGUCAAAUGCCAGCUCCUCACCACAGGUGACGUGAGUCCCAGUCCUCCCUCAAACACCACAUUGUGCCUCUGCUUUGGGGGUACCCCUGCCUCCAGCGGAGCCCCCACCAUUCACUGUGACAUCCUUCCAUGUCACCCUGCCUGGAAGAGGCCUGGGUGGGGGGCACCAGUUCCCGCAGGAAGGAGUCUGCCUCUUCUGGUCCUAAGAUCACUUGACUUGGUGGCCUUGGGACCUGCUGUGCCUGCUGUACUCUGACCACACAGGGUCUGGAGUGGUGUGCCUCCCAUGCUUCUCCCAGAGGCUCACUCAGUGUCCACUUGGGAGUGGAUUCAGCUCCUUUCAGCUCCCCCUCAGGGGCUGUCCCCCACCCCAUGUUCCUCAUGCUGCUGCUCCCGAUACUCCUGCCAACCCUCAUUGACAGACCAACUGUACUCAGCUCUUAGUGGAAGCCUGAGGGCCUUUACAAGCCCUCCUGCUGCAUCCUGGUUUCCCUGGGCUCAGGGGAAGUAUGUGUGGUGUGUAUGUAUAGGGGAUGCUGGUUCCUGUGUCUUGGGGCACAAGUCUUAGGGGAUGACUAUCUUCCCUGGCCCAAGCAGAAAAGCAGAUAGAACAGGGAGAGAGAAAGAUAGAGUUUAUUUUUACAGGGGAGAGGGUGGGGAGGGAGGGGUCUUGGCCC